AUGUUCGACGCCCUUCGCUCCAUUCGGCGGCAAGCCGAUGCCAUGCAGGCGGCGGCACAAAACCCUUGCCUUUUCGACUCCCCUGCCGCGCCCCGCACCGCGGACGAUCGUCGCUGGUUGUUCCCGUAUCUCUGCGACAUCAGCCGGCGUCAGCGUGCCUUGCGCAGCAAGCUCGAGGCCGACGGAGAUGCCCAAGGCAGGCGUGCGGAGUCGGACGGUGACACUCUCCCCGCCGCCGCCAGGUCACCUGCAAGCCAUCAAGUUGCAGAGGUCUGCAUGCGCUAUUCUCGGCCCUUGGCAGCUACCGCGUUAGCCGGCUCCCAGCGCUGUGGCGCUGGGGUCGCUGCUCUGCUCUCUACCACGGAACUCCUCCGUGAAACGUCCCGGGACGACGCCGAGCUGUCAAUCGUCAGGGAUGCGCUUCCAAUGUGUACCUUGUGGGGAUCUGUUCUUCGCCUGUGGUGCACCGCGGGGGGAGAAUGUCCAAAUCUGCGCACUCUUGCUGCGGCUGCCCAGCUGCAGUGCCUCACGCCGCGUGGCAAACCGUUGGCGGUAGAUGAUGCCGGCAUGCGGUGCAUGUGUGCCGCCUUGUGGGCGGGGGCGCCAGACAAGCUGCGGCAGCUCCUGGACGCGGUGGGCAUGAACAAGGACAACGACGCCGCAUCAGAGGAGCGAGGACGGCGUCACACGAAUUCGUCGUGCGCAGGUUCGCCAGCGGCGAGGAGCACGCUGCCUCACAGGCGGUCUCGCAGCCCUGCAGAGCGCCGCCCCGACGACGCACCUCAGAGGAGGGCUCGUGGCGAUGCUGGCGUCGACAGUGCGUUGGGUGAGGGUGGUGGUGCCAACAGCUCCCUUGUUCCGCCCCUCCCUCUCCGGGCUACCUCUGCUCGUGCCCAGGCGGCCGCCUCACGAUCACGCUCGCAAACUCCGCCGUCGCGCAGCCGUUCACAGUCGCCGCCGCCGCCGGUGUCCGUUGCGCCGGUCACUCGACCUGCGACGGCGGCACGCACGCGUCAGUCAGCUUUCUCUUUCGCAGUGCGAGUCGGCGACAGCAGUAGCGGCGCCGCGGCUGUCAGUGCAGCCGUCGCGCCAAAGCCCCAGCAGCAGCGGCAGCCGAGGCGGGAGAAUGGUGAUGCGCAUGACAUGGCUGGAGUGACGGAGAGUCAAGCUGGGCUAGUCAGUGGCGCGCCACGCUCGCACAACGGACCACCGCCGUCGCAGCAGCAGCCUGCUAGCGUGUCGCCGUCUGGACCGCUUCGCCAGAAGACCCUCACGGCAUUCAUCAGCGGCAGUGGGCUCUCCACACCGCACCAAUGCCAACAGCAGAAGCCUCCGCCACCCGCCUCGACGGCGAAGCGCUCAUCAUGGUUGAACCAACCGCCACAGCAGCAGUCUGUUGCCCCAUCGAAGGCCCCACCGUACGAGUACGACCUGCGCCACAGCACCGGCAGCAGCAGGAUCGGCGGGGGCGUUGAUCGUGGGGAUGAGGAGAGCUCGCGUGCUCCGAUGGCAGCACCGAGUAGUGGGAACAAUCUGGCGCCGAGCAGCAGCAUCAGCAGCCCAUCCACCGCUGUCGGCGGCUUCGUCACGGCUGGUGAGCAGCUCCUCACGGACGUCCGGCAAGGACGUGCCAUGAGCUCCGCGUAUCUGAGCAAGCGGUCUCCAGCCCUCGGGCUGCGGCGAAACACCGGCUUUCAGCCUCCAUACCAUCAACAGCAGCCGAAGACGCCAGCAGGCGCGACCGACGUACAGGCCGCGCUGCACAGCACAACGACACUUCAUGCAGGCAAAGGAACCGGUGGUGCAAGCCAGGCCGCUGGGCCGUCAGGUGGCACUUGCGGGGCCCGCAGCACGGGAGGCGCCACCGCGAGCCACAACCAAGGCGACGGGGACGACGACAGCGGGAGCUUUCCGGCCUCCCUGUUGCUGGCAGACGGCUCUGUCCCGCCGAUCCUCCUGCCACUCGACCCGAAGCUCGUGACGCAGGUGGCGAUGGAGAUACUGGAGAACGGCGCCGGCGCGCGGCAGGUGGGCUGGGACGACAUCGCAGGGCUGCAGCACGCCAAGGCGAGUGUGGAGGAGGCGAUCGUGUGGCCGCUGCGCCGUCCAGACCUGUUUGUAGGGCUGCGCGACCCGCCGCGCGGGCUGCUGCUCUUCGGCCCACCCGGCACUGGAAAGACGAUGAUCGCCCGCGCGAUCGCGAACCGCGCGGCGUGCACCUUCCUGAACAUCUCGUCCUCCUCACUCAUGUCAAAGUGGAUGGGCGAUGGCGAGAAGCUGGUGCGCUGUCUAUUCGCCGUCGCGACGGUGAAGCAGCCGAGUGUCAUCUUCAUCGACGAAAUCGACUCGCUGCUGUCCAUGCGCGGAGAGGGGGAGACAGACUCUGUGCGGCGAGUCAAGACGGAGUUUUUGGUGCAGCUGGACGGUGUGGCGACGGACCGCGGUGACCGGGUGCUCCUCAUCGGGGCAACCAACCGACCAGACGAGCUAGAUGAGGCCGCACGGCGGCGCAUGGAGAAGCGGCUAUACAUCCCGCUGCCAGACGAGGCGGCCCGGCGUGAGCUGAUUCAACGUCUUCUCAAGUCGCUCGGCCCAAGUGAAGCGGGCGAGGACGGCGCCAUUGGCAACGCUGGCGAGGCUGCCAGCACUGCCACCGCGACGACAACAACUCAAGUCACGCAUACGCUUACCGACGCCGACCUGGACACUCUCGUGCGCAGCACUGACGGCUACUCUGGUGCCGACCUCAAGCAGCUGUGCAGGGAGGCAGCCAUGGGGCCUCUUCGUGAGAUGUCGAUCAUGCAGCUCAGCGCCGUGGCUGCUGCCGAUCUCCGACCGGUGCAACGCAAAGACUUUAGGCAAGCCCUGAAGCGGCUGAAGCCGAGCGUGGGGCCGGCCGAGGUGCAGCGAUACGUAGAAUGGAAUAAGCUUUUCGGCUCCUUCAACGAACACGACGACGACGACGAUGACGAGCUCGAACAUCACGAGGGCCAUGGCGCCUGCUGA